AUGACGUCAACAAGCAAGCGCGGCUAUCCCACCAGGUACCCAACUGCCAACGAUGACGUCAACAAGCAAGCGCGGCCAUCCCACGAGGUGCUUCCUAAUAAGGUCCCUUACAACACCAACAAUCUGUGCUGUCGUUUUGUAACCUCCAGCUGUGAAGAAGGUUCAAGCCUGGAGGAAAUUGGCUUUAACUGGGGAGAGUAUCUGGAAGAAACGGGAGCCAGCGCGGCUCCUCACACGUCGUUCAAACAUGUGGAGAUCAGCCUUCAGAGCAACUUCCAGCCGGGGAUGAAAUUAGAAGUGGCCAAUAAGAACAACCCGGACACGUACUGGGUGGCCACCGUCAUCACCACCUGCGGCCAGCUGCUGCUUCUGCGCUACUGCGGCUACGGCGAGGACCGCCGGGCCGACUUCUGGUGUGAUGUGGUGAUAGCGGACCUCCACCCGGUGGGGUGGUGCACGCAGAAUAACAAGGCCUUGAUGCCCCCGGAUGCAAUCAAAGAGAAGUACACGGACUGGACAGAAUUCCUCAUUCGUGAUUUGACUGGUUCCCGGACGGCCCCCGCCAGCCUCCUGGAAGGUCCUCUGCGAGGGAAAGGCCCUAUAGACCUCAUUACAGUUGAUUCCUUAAUAGAACUUCAGGACUCUCACAACCCUUUUCAGUACUGGAUAGUUAGUGUGAUUGAAAAUGUUGGAGGAAGAUUACGCCUUCGCUAUGUGGGAUUGGAGGACACUGAAUCCUAUGACCAGUGGUUGUUUUACUUGGAUUACAGACUUCGACCAGUUGGUUGGUGUCAAGAGAAUAAGUACAGAAUGGACCCACCUUCAGAAAUCUAUCCUUUGAAGAUGGCCUCUGAGUGGAAGUGUUCUCUGGAAAAAUCCCUUAUUGACGCCACAAAGUUUCCUCUGCCGAUGGAAGUGUUUAAGGAUCAUGCAGAUCUGAGAAGCCAUUUCUUCACGGUCGGGAUGAAGCUAGAAACAGUGAAUUUGAGCGAGCCCUUCCAUAUCUGUCCCGCAUCAGUGACCAAGGUUUUUAACAACCAUUUUUUCCAAGUGACUAUUGACGACCUAAGACCAGAACCUAGUAAACUCUCAAUGCUGUGCCAUGCGGAUUCUUUGGGGAUUUUACCAGUACAAUGGUGCCUUAAAAAUGGAGUCAAUCUCACACCUCCCAAAGGUUACUCUGGUCAGGACUUCGACUGGGCGGAUUAUCACAAGCAGCAUGGGACCGAGGAAGCGCCUCCCUUCGGCUUCAGGAAUACGUCAUUCAGUAGGGGUUUCACAAAGAACAUGAAACUGGAAGCCGUCAACCCCAGGAACCCGGGAGAGCUCUGCGUGGCCUCUGUGGUCAGCGUGAAGGGGCGGCUGAUGUGGCUUCAUCUGGAAGGCCUACAGACUCCUGCUCCGGAGUUUAUUGUUGAUGUAGAAUCCAUGGACAUCUUCCCGGUGGGCUGGUGUGAGGCGAAUUCGUACCCUUUGACCACACCGCACAAAACAGUCUCACAAAAAAAGAGAAAGAUCGCAGUCGUGCAACCGGAAAAACAAUUGCCAUCCACAGUGCCUGUUGAGAAAAUACCUCAUGACCUUUGUUUAUUCUCUCCCUUGGACACCACAGGUACUGUUAACGGGAAAUACUGCUGUCCUCAGCUUUUUAUCAACCACAGGUGUUUCUCGGGCCCUUACCUGAACAAAGGGAGAAUCGCAGAGCUACCUCAGUCCGUGGGACCCGGCAAAUGCGUGCUGGUUCUGAAAGAGGUUCUCAGCAUGAUAAUCAAUGCAGCUUACAAGCCCGGAAGGGUAUUGCGAGAACUACAGCUGGUGGAAGAUCCACACUGGAAUUUCCAGGAGGAGACACUGAAGGCAAAAUACAGAGGCAAAACCUACAGGGCCGUGGCCAAGAUCGUGCGGACGUCCGACCAAGUAGCGGAUUUCUGCCGGCGGGUCUGUGCCAAGCUGGAGUGCUGCCCAAAUUUGUUCAGUCCCGUGCUGGUUUCCGAAAACUGCCCAGAGAACUGCUCCAUUCACACCAAAACCAAGUACAGUAAGUACAAACUACGAAAACAACACGGGUGUCUGGGCUUAAACCGUGGGGAAACAAAGCAAGAGGAGGAGGAGAGGCUGGUUCUGGAGAGCAACCCUCUGGAGUGGACGGUGACCGACGUGGUGAGGUUCAUCAAGCUGACGGACUGCGCCCCCCUGGCCAAGAUCUUUCAGGAACAGGACAUCGACGGUCAAGCGCUCCUGUUGCUGACUCUUCCCACGGUUCAAGAAUGCAUGGAGUUGAAGCUGGGGCCUGCCAUCAAGCUGUGCCACCAGAUCGAGAGAGUUAAAGUGGCCUUCUACGCCCAGUACGCCAACUGA